UAACACAAAUGGAUGAGGCAAAAAUAUCAAAAAAAGCAAAACAUAACAAAGAUUGAAACAACAUCCUCAUCAGACAGACAUGGUGGUUAUAACCUCCAUCACCACUACUAGUCUCACACACCAUAACAACCACCAUACACAUAUCUACACUCUCACUUGUAAGCCUCUAACUAACUCUCUUCUAUGCAAAAUUCCAACAAAAUCCAGCAUUUGCAGAUCUUCCAAUGGGGUCAUGGUUGUUAAGUCUUACAUGGAAGACUCCACUACUUUUUCCGGCUUCGUAAACAAGAUCAUCGGUGCCUUGCCUGUAGUCGGGCUCAUUGCCAGAAUCUUGACUGACACGGGUGGUGUUGGUGGUGAUUUUAUUGAUUUUGCUGAGUUUAGGAGGAGAGUUGGGAAGAAUUCAUCGGUUAAUGACUCGAGGGCUUUUAUCGACUUUCAAGAUCGAAGAGGACGAGCAGGGGAUCCUUUGUAUGUGCUGUUGUGUUGCUGGUUAGCUGCAGUUGGAGCUGGAUUGCUGAAAUCAGAAGAAAUUCUUGAAGGGGUUGCUAGGCUUCGGAUUUCUAAUGAUAUUGAAUUCGAAGAAGAAACUUUCAUUGCCAUGAUGAACGAGGCCAGAGAGAAACGAGCAAAACUAAAUGUACCCAUCCCAAACAUCCCAAUGGAGGGAAGAGUUGAGAAGUCUCUUGAUGCUAUACAUGUUUGUUGUUUUGGAAGAGAUCCUAUAGAAGAAGAAGAUGAGAGAAUAUUGUGUAUCAUGCUAAAAGUUGUUUUCCCUUCUGUUGCACAACCUGAGAUAGAAAGGCUUGUGAAAGCCAAGGCUAAAAGAGUUGCAGAAGGAGGUGAAGAGGUAAGGUACCCAGAGCCUAAACCAUUGUCUAAAGAAGCCGUGCAACUUCAAAUGAAAGACCUCCAGUUUCUCCAACAAAACAAAGAUAGUUGAAACGAUAGAAUAUGCAUAGUCAGAAUUAUUUUACGUACUGAAGUUGUAUUAGAAUCCAUCUGCCGUUUUUGUUUGAUGGCUUGAACACCCAGAUUGUAGAUUCACUAAAAUGGUAUCAUGAAUGUACAACAAUCAAUGUCACAAAAUCUUGUAAGCAAAAA